CUUUCAAGCAUUGCAAGGCGGUAGCAAUGGGCUGCUUUCCAAAAUGGCCGGAGAAGAAGGAAAAGCGGUCAUAGGGAGCACUUAUUGAUAGGGAAAAGCGUCUCGUUGCUGACAAAAAAGGAGAGGCGAAAGAGGCGAGACCUCCAUUUUUUUGCUUGAAGGCGUUUUGGAGCCGGCACCGACAUAGACACCUAUGAAAGCGGCUCGGGGGGGCUUUCCUGGGCCGCGCGUCGCCAUGGCUUGAAGGCGUUUUGGAGCCGGCACUGAGUUAGACACCUAUAGAAGCGUCUUUCCUGGGCAGCGCGUCGCCAUGGCGGGGUCCUUCCCCAGCGUUGCCUGUCUGAAGGAGCAUUUGUGCUUCCCGAGGAGACGCAUUGUUUUCGCGUGACGGUUCCAGGGUUCCUCUCAAUUGAUGGGAGCGAGUCAUGAUGCCUGGGGAGACCCCACCCGCGGCCUCCCUCGGGAAAGAGGCGGCCACGACCUGCGCCAGUUGUGGCGCCCUCCAACAGAAUUUAAAUGAAUAUGUAGCUGCCUUAAUUGCUUUAAAGCAAAAGAUAAUAGAUACAGACCACUUGCUGACCGAAUACCAACAAAAGUGCAAUGAGCUUGAUGCUGCUAAAAGAGAAAACAGUACUCUUCAUCACCAAGUAGAACAAAUGUUCCAGAAAAUAUCACCUCUAGAGAAGUGUGAAGAAGAGUUGGGCUCUGUAAAAGCGGAAUUGGAGGAGAAAAAGAGUUCACUCAAGAUUUACCAGGAGACUCAUCUAGAAUAUGUUCGGCUGAAAGAAGAAAUUGACAAAAGUGACAUCACGAAGAGGAAACUAGAAAUUAAAGUGAAGAAACUUGAAGAGGCUGCAACAAAACACAUCCAGGAUUUCAAGCAGUUGAAAGCAGAGAAGAAAGUUCUUGAGAAGCAACUGAAAAAAGCACAGGAAAAGAUCGAUGGCUUUCCUCAUGCAAAACGUAAGAAAGUGCUAAAGAAUGCAGAGACCCAGAGUGAGGAAGAGAAUCCAGCUGCAAGCAUAGACAAAGAAAAAAUCAAGCUGAUGUUGGAUGAACUCUGGAUGUGUAUCAGUGGCUCCACAGAUCAAAUCAGUGAAAAUGAUUGUAUUCUAGGUGGUUCGCAUAAUCAUUCAAGAACCCUUGGAAGAACAAAAAUGAUGCCGAAUUCCCAAAAAAUGAAGAAACCUCAAGGAGAAAUGAAAUCUGGUGGUUCUUUCUCUGAACCCUGUGCAGUAGAAACAACGUUGUCUUCAUUGCAUGUAAAAUCGGAUAAGAAAUCUACUAAAUACAACGAGUCAGUACAAACUAAGACCAUGGAAACUACUGAAAAUUGCAACGGCACUUUUUGUGAAGACAUAUCACUAGAAGACAUUUCUCUGACAGAUUUAUCAACAACUUAUAUGAAUCUUCUCAGCAAAACCUCAGAAGAACAUGAUGAAAUCCUACGAGAUAUGUUGAAGUGGGUUACGCCCCUUCCUCCUGUAUUGUCUCCCAUACAGUUUUCACCUUCCACUACUCCAGAGACCUUAUUUGGAGAUAUAACAGAUUCCAGUGAUGAAGAAAUGAAUGACAAUGCACAGAUGCUUGAAAAUAUCAUUGAAAACCAUAGUCAGAAUGAACAAACAACUGAAGGCAUGCAUGAAAAACAGUCCUUGAGCAAACACAGUUCUUUCAGUGUCAACAGUGCAAAUAGUGAUCCUUGUGAAUCGCCAGAAAGAUUGAGCAAUAUAAAAAGUGAAGAGUUAAUGUUGUGUUCUGACCCUUUGACAGCAAAAUCAGAACACCUUAAUGAAAAAGAUGCCAAAUCCAAGGAUGAAGAAAAGUAUUCUGACUUGAUGAAAAUACACACAGCCACUGAAACAGUAGUGCCAAGUAUAGAAAACAUCAAAGAAAAUUCAACUAAUGUGACAGAAACAAAAAAUACAAUUUUGAUGCCUGAUUUAAUUGAUGAACAGGAUCAAGAAAAAACAGUUGAGCGAAUGCAUGUGCAAAAAAUGCCUAUGAACAGCACUGUGCUUACAUUUGUAGACUCUAGUGACUCCAUAAACCAUGAAAAGAAGGGGCUGCUAACUACAGAAAUAGAAGAUUAUUGGCCUCAGUCUCCCAAAAUAAGUGACCAGCAGCACAUAGAAGAAUCCAGAAUUCUGGAAAAAUGUAAGGAUGAUGUGAAUAAAGGAGGAAUGGCAGAAGUUUUCUUUAAGGACACCCAACCAAUAUCUAAUUUAGGAGAAGCAAGGUCUUUUGGUGAAAGGGCCUCUGAACAUUUAGCAGUGGGUGAGCAAAAUACAGCAGUUGAAGAACUUUGCAUAUUCAGAAGUAACGAACUCUUACUGGAACAGAAGAGGAAUAUCAUCAACUGUAAGUUCCUUUCUGAAACAGAACAACCUAUUGAGCAAGAGAAACCAUUUAUGCAUUCCAUUGAAAACAAGAUUGAUAUUUCAAUGAGAUCACAAUGCAUGGAAGAAAACUGCACUGAAGAAAAACACAACAAACAAAAUGAAACUCAAGAAGACAGGGAACAUGAAGUGAUGAAUAUAGGCUUUUCAAGUUCUCAGUUAAAUACUACAGAGAUAGCUGAAGGCUGCAAGAAAUCAUUAUUUCAGAUAGGUGAAACUGUUCAGACUGAGAGUGAAUGCAGGACUGCCUUUUCUAUGUCUACUAAAAAAGAAGAUAAUCAAAUGGAAAUAGCUAGUAGCAUGGUUGAGGAAUGCACAUCAGUGGACAUAAAAAAGGAAGACUGUCUCCAAUUACAACCGUUAAUUGACCAAAAAUAUAAUUGUAAAUCAUCAGAGGAGCAUCCAGAAUAUGAAAGUAACAGUAUGCUACCAAUUCAAGCACCUAUUAUGAAAGAUUCUUUGUUGCCGUGUAAAGAUCCCGUUAUGAUAAAUUCUCUAGUCUUUCAAAUAGAGAGUGUCCCUAGAAGUACUUCAAAACUGGGUGAGUUUGAAGGCGGAGAUACAGACUCUCAGUGGAAGUCCAAAAUGCCAAGUGUUUCGAAUAGCUUUCCCGCUGUGGAGACUUCAAUGGAGGGUGAAUAUCUGGCAUCAAAAGGGCUUGAGAAGGAAGAUGGUGAAUCACUGAAUACCACAGAAAUGGGGAUGAUGCAGUCUGUUAUGGCAGAAGGGAAUAUUUUUGAAACUGUGUGUAACAGAAGAGAGGAGACCAGUUUAAUAUCUGGAAAUCAGCAAUAUGAGGUAAAUGGCACAUCUCAAGAAAUGUCAAAUUGGAAUAGUAAGGGCACUUUGUGUCAUCAAAGGAAGUAUGCUGUGGAAAAGGAGGAAAAGCAUGAAGAGUGUUCUGUAAUAAAGGAGGUGUUAUUGAAGCAGAACAAGAAUGAAGAUCUGGCUCAGCAAGAUGCACCACAAACUAACAAUGAAAGUAUUGAAACAGUUUCGCCUGCCACAAUAAUGGCUGCUUCUCAAUCUGCUGCCGAGCCCAUGGAUGUCAGUGGUUCCAGUCUGGAGGCUUUCAACAGGGAUGGUCCGAGCUCUGAUACUGCUGCAAACACACUGCCUUCUUCCCCUGUGUGCAUUACCCCUUCCACUCCUGUCAGAGAAGAUAGUACUUAUUUUGAUCAUCAUGUUGCAGAAUGUUGGAAGAAUCAAGAGGGAAAUGCUGCUGCUUCUGAGGAAAAGGAACACAAGUCCCUUGACUGUCGCAGCCCUUCUAACAAUAAGGAUGAAGAGUCUCUCAGUACACCACAGGCACUGAUUACUUUGAAAGGCUCUUGCAGUAGAGAAAACUACAAAGCACUGACUCCUGGGAUUUCUGAUCUGAAUAGUUUUCACACAAAAGAUGUGCUUCUAGCAAACAAACCAGUUCUAAGUGAUGAGGAACCUCUUAUUCCUAAUAAGAAGUUGAUGGAAGCAUCAAAAAACAGUGCUUUAGAACAUACGCUAGAUGAUGUUACAGCUAAAGAAUCAGAUAAAAUGUUGAGUCAUAAAAGUUGUGCAAGACUGGACACAAUUAAGGUGUCAGAACAUAUUGUUAUGGUUAUGAAGUCAUCUGUUUCAGUUGAGUUAUCCGCAGAAGAAUAUUGCCCUUUGAGAAAGGUACAGUUCAAAAAAACACCUGAAGUGCCUUUGGCGAAAACAGAGUCUGUCAGAAAUAGCCAGGCAAAUAUGGCAUCUAAUAUGAUUCUUUCAGGCGAUGAUCGACAUGAAGUUGCACCUCAAAAAGAGAAUCGGGCUCCAGGAGAUGACACUGAUUCCAGUGCAAACAAAACAGUGCAAUGGACAUGGGACCAUUCAUAUUCAGUGGGAAUGAAGUACAGUAAUGAAAAUGCCCCAUUAAAACCGAAAACCAUGAUCGCAAAAGAGAAGUCAGAAGGGGGGCUAAAAGAAGAAAGUAUUUCAAUAAUUACUCCGUUGCAGAGCCAAAAGGUAAUCUCUAACAGGAAAACCGUCUCCGGAAAGUCAUCUGUUAGUGAUUUAGAGAUUAAUAGUAAUAAAAUUACAUCAGAUAACAAAUGCAGUGAUGCUGGUUUGGGAACCUCCAUAACUCAGUUACCCUUUAGUCAAGGAAAAUCAAAUGCUGAACAAGGCACGAGUGCUAGUUCUUUAGCACACAACACAAACUUGGAACAAAACCAGUCAACAUCCCACCAUGUUGAUGACAGUAGUAAUACAUCCCAUAACAAGGAAUGCCACAUACAGAGUAAUGGAAAAACCUCUGUUGUUAAAGCCAGCUGGAAUUCCAUUCCGCCUGACCUGGACUCUUCCAACUGUAGCUCUAAACCAGAGAAAUUAGUUUUGGAGAAUGGAGUAAAGCAGAUCCAUAUACUAUCAGACGCUAUCAAUGUUGCUGAUGUUGAAAGUGGUCAUGACAAGCACUUUCGGAGGAAGAGGAAAAGGCGGCAUACCCUACCAGAUGAAACCAUUGUAGUUAGUUCAGAUACUUCAACACCAACAAAGUAUUAUCCAAUAACAAAAAUCAGGAAAAAAAUGGGCUCACCAUUACCUCCAUUGCUUGCCCCUCUUUUGGCUACACCGCCAAGAACUGUUCAGCCCCUUUCCCCAAGAAUUCCAUUGUCUCGCCAGUCCUUGACAUCCUCAUUGGAUGAACUUGGUUCUUCUUCACGUCAGAGUCCAAUUCCUGCAGUUGAAUUGUCACCACAGCCAGAUACCCUGAAGUGCAACUCUCCUGCCCUACUGACAACGCCAUCUCCAUUUGAAAUGCCAGUAGGUCAGAGGAUUCUGUCUUCUCCUCUUCAGUUUUGUGCCACCACUCCCAAACAUGCACUUCCUGUGCCAGGCCGGUUUCCACCUUCUGCAUCUGUUGUUGCUACUCCACCUGUGCCUCAGGAGAACUCAGUGAAAAUUCUGGACAGUAUGUAUCCAGAGCUAUCUGCUCGAGCACGAACUCUCAGCAUUCUGAAAGGUAUUCAACCUGGUAGGUCAUCUUCUGUAGAUGGCAAGAAUAUCCCACAACCUAUCCAUCAAAUCAGUGGGUUUAAAGAAAUUGCUUCCACAUCCACUGCUUUUGUGAAAGCAGGGACUAAAUUCACAUCUGACCCAGAGCAGCCAUUCUGCAAGAUAGGUGAGGCUGGUAAACGUACACUGUCACCUACAGUUGUGCUGAAGAAUGCCAAAAGGCUAAGACUGGAUAGCAAGUCAUCAGAUUUGGAGCUUGAGAAGAAACAGCUUUCAGAUAGAGUUUCAGAUGCUGAAUGUCCUACCAAUGAAACUGAUGACUCAACCUGUGGAGAUGGUAUUCAGUCAACUGGUGGCUGUGAUUCAAAAUUUAUUUUGGCAGUGGAGAAAAUAGAUGAUCCAGAUAGUAGGGCUGUGACUGUAGCAUUGGAGAAAAUUUCUGAAGCCUGUUUUGACCUGUUGCCUGUUAUUCAUAGCCAUGUUUUUGUGGGCAAUACCUCGAGGGUCCCAGUUAUGAGAGAUGAAGAGAAAGAAGUGGUCCAUGAGCUUUGUGUCACCAAAAAGAAAUUAGCUGAGCCAGCAUUGCAAGCUAUCUUGAAUAAGCUAAAGCACGAAAAGAGGUCCUUGAGCCACAAUUGUAUCCAGGCCCUCUGCAGGGUGUAUGUUGGGAUAUGCCGACAGCUAGGAGAUCUUGAAAGAGCACGCCUGUUUUGCUACAGCCUCCUUAAGGAAGAUUUUCCCAAAUCUGCUAGGCUUACUUUGUUUAUUGCAAACAUGUGGACAGAUGUAUUCUCCUAUGAAGGGGUGAUCAGCAAAGCAAUCCAGUUAGUAGCCAGACAUCGUGCGAGAGGGAACGUGCUCAAAUGUCUGAGUUUCUAUCUGAAAUGGAAAGAGAGUGCACCAGUGGAUAUUGGUAUGAUGGUCUCCAGCUUGAUUUUGGCAAUACAGUUAUGCCCACAAAUGAAAUUUCAGUUUAGUGAAGAAUAUGGAGAAGACCUGAAAGAGAGUACAUGGGAAUAUGUGUUCGCUAUCGAUCUCCUGUGUUCACAUCAAAAGUGGUGUUGGACCCAUGACAAUAUCAUCAGCAAAGAACUCUGGCCUAUCAUGGACAAGUGGGUAAAGAACAGAAAGGGCGCUGGAAGUGCUUCCUCUUCUUCUGACAUCAUUGUAGCUACAGUGCUCAGGCUGAUCGGUCACCUUGGCCAAAUAGGGUUGAGAGAAGGUUUUUCUUCUGCUGUGGAAAAUAUCAGUUCUGUUAUUGGAGUCUUUCUCCAGCAUGCCAAAGAAAAAGAUGUGGCUUGGGGUGUCCAGUUGGCAGCAGCAUAUGCACUCUGUGACCUGGGUCCUAGCAAUCCAUCUAAAAUCCUAGAGGCCAUACACACCUGGGAAGCUAUGAACACCAACAGCCUUCCCCCUGCUCUUGCUAAUGCCAUCGCCGAACUCGGCCGCCUUGCCAGUGUGCGUAGGGAGAACGGAGGAAUCUCAUCAACAUAACAGAACCACAUGAGAAGAAGGCGAGGAAAUGAGUUUGAAACAGAAAUGUUGCAAAAAGAAGCAGGACAAACCUUUCUUCUGAAAAACAACAUGGAGCAUUGGUUCGUGUAAGGUUGUCAUGAAAUCAGCUUUGUUCAAUGUCAUCUGUGGCCUUUGUGUUGCAGCCGAAACAAUCAGCCAUUGUGUUGCUGCUGUUUUUGCUCUAAGAGACAAUACAUUGUCUCAAUGAUCAAGUGCUAGUUCUAAAUCAGAAAAAAAUGUUCUCCUUUAUGUAGCUAGAAGUGUCUUCUUGAAAGUGGUAUUCCAGAAUGUAAUUGUCUAGUUCGUGAUAUUCUUAGUCUCUUCUUACUUUUGCCAAAUGCUCUUAAAAUCUGUUUCUAUUGCAAACAACUUUGAAAUGUCGCAUUUUAACAACGUUCUUUUGCUUGACAAUCUAUUAACAACUGAAACCUACUAAUUUAUUUCAGAGAGCUAAAGAUUGCUCAUGAUGUAUACUUGGAUCACUCACUAAGUAGGUUUUAUAGGCUUACAAAAUCUUACAAGCCUUCGUACCAGAGACAGAAACACGGCCAUAGAGUUACAUGUUUACUAUGGAAAGUGAUGCAGGUCUGAAAUAUCUUUUUUAAAGAUGAGCCUGACUCCAUUGUUAAGUUGGUCAUGUGUCAUGAUGGAAAAUACCAAAUUGUUUCGAUCACAUCUUAUUGAUUUCAGUCAUUUAAUGGAAGAAAAAUCUGAUUACUGACUCUCUCAUCUACAGUUUGGUAGGGAGGGAGAUAUAGGGCAAGUGGAAACAUAUUUGUGCCCCCUCCCCAAGCCUACAGGUUCUUUGUUUUUUUUUAAAAAAAAAUGUACAAAGUGUGUCUUUUUCAAUAACCAGAAGUGAUCUUCUGCUCAUUUUGAUGUCAUGUGUCUUCAGGGUGGAGGACCCCAAAGCUGGAUCUACAGUAUAUAGAAGAUUGGAGGAGUCUUCUCUGUGAGAAUGUCUGUGUAUGAUAAUAUUUGUAUAAUGUGUUUCACAUUUAAUGUUGUUCCACUUGGGAAAUUUUAUUAACUGUAUAUAGAAACUGGUGUAAAGAGAGAAAGAAAUAUUUUGCAUUGUUUUAAAAUUUUGAUGUAAGUUAAUGUGUUUCAAAUUUUUGUACACACACUUAUAUAUAUAUAAAUGUUUUUUAUUAUAAAUGUUUGUGUAUUUAAUAGCUAUAUAUUUCACCAGCAAGCUGACGCUAACGUGGCACAUCCAAAUGUAAUUAAAAUUAUUUCUGUGAUUA